GGAGGAGCAGGGACAGCUCAGAUCCCUCAGAUCAUGGUUGGGAUGGUUUUUAAUCCAAUUUUCCUGUGUUUUCAGCAGGUUUUCCUGUGUUUUCAGCAGGUGACCGCUCUGGGAGCCGAUGCUGUCUCACUGAGGAGGRGCAGGGACAGCUCGGACCCCUCGGACCUGGCCUGGGAAGGGAAGGAUGUUUACUACGUGCCAAGCAAGAGACUCUUUUGCCAGAAAUGUCCUGCAGGCACCUACGUGGCCGAGGAGUGCACGGAGCAGAACGGCUCCGGCCGCUGCGUGCCCUGCGAGAAGGGGGAAUUCAUGGAGUACCCGAAUGUUUUCCGCUAUUGCCGCGACUGCUGGAAGUGCAGGGAAGACCAGGUGGAGGUGAGUCCCUGCCAGGCCGUCAGGAACACGGUGUGCGCCUGCAGGAACGGCACCUUCUGCCCGCCCGACCACCCGUGCGAGAUGUGCCAGAAGUGCCGGCCCAGGUGUCCCGAGGGCCAGGUGGUGCUGAAGCCCUGCACACCCCACAGUGACCUGCAGUGCGGCCCUGCCACGGCCACCAGCUCCCUCUACCCCCAGAUCCUCAUCCCCGUCAUCACCCUGGCCGUGGCCCUGCUCGGGUUCCUCAUCUGGAGGUGCUACUGCCGAUCCCCAGGGCACGCCAGACCCUCGGGCAGGAGGCCCUAUGAAAUGGUGGUGAGUUCCUGGGAUGGCAGGGGGUGGCUCUGUUUGUGGGUCUACACCUUCGCCGAGAAGGUGCCCAAGAACAGCUGGAGGCGCUUCGGCCGCAGCCUGGACCUGGAGGAGAACGACGUGGUGCAGGACUACUCCGAGGACGGCUUCUACCAGAUGCUGUACAAAUGGCAGAGUCGGGAAGGCUCCAAGUCCUCGGUGAACACUCUGCUGGACACUCUGGUCCAGCUCCACCAGAGUGGGGUGGCCGAGGCCAUCGUCAAAGCACUGACCAAGGCAAGACUUUUCAAAUUCGCCGAAACGAGCUGAAGAGAGAGGGGGCAGAGCCUGCGCCUCAUUCCUUCGAGUUGAAGCUACGAAAUACCUCCCAGAACACUUGAAUUUUAGCUGUUGUUGAUCUCCCAUGGCUCCUCCUCUCCAAAUCCGCCGCAGAGUCCUGGUCCUCACCCCGAGUACGAGCGCGGGGUCCUCUCUGUUGGAGUCACAGGUCCCUUCUUGGUGCUUCCUCAUGAAAUCCGAGCUGGUUUCUUGGUUUCAAUGAAAAAAAAACGAGGUUCUGCAAUGGGGGGAGAGCCUUGAAUCAUUCCAAGCUGCCUCUGGGACCACCUCACUUGGAAGUGUUGGUACUACACACACCAGUUUGGGAUCGGAGCAGAGAAGGGUUUUUCCACGGGUUUUUUUUACCAAUCCCUGCGUUUUUUUAACCAGACCGUCCUUCCUUUCCUGAGGAUUCUUGGCAUUCUGAAAUGGCUUCUGCUUCUAGAAMACCCCAAAUUAGGCUUCCUCCUGCACGCUCAGUGCUUUUGCAAGCUCGGCUGGGACCUCACGUCGCUUUCUGUGGACUGAGUGGUGUUUUUUGAGUGGAUCUGCUUGCUCUCAGGAAAACCAGUUGGGAACUGGACUGGAAGGGGGAAUGGGAAUGGUUGAUUUGCACUACGGUCACUGGGGCUGCCUGAGGGAAGGGACAGUGUGGGGACAGCACGGGGACAGCCCAGUCCGGCCUUUUCCACUCCACCAAACUGCCCCAAACCCCGUCCAGCCUGACCUUGAACGUUCCCAGGGAUGGGGCAGUUUUAUCUGGGUGACCUCAGCCCGUGUUUACCCACUCCCCGUUGUGAAAUCGUCCUUCCCCAUAUCUCACCCAGCGUGACCUUCRUUCCCUUUGAAGCCAUUCCCAUGUCCUGGCACUCCGGGCUCUUGUCCCCAAUCCCUGUCCGUCUGUCCUGGAGCCUCUUUGGCCACUGGAAAGGGCUCUGAGCUCUCCCAGAG